AUGCAUUUUCUUCGCCUGACCAUCGCCUUUGCACUUCUCACCUCCUGCUCGGCUGGUCCGAUCGCUCAUUCUGCUCUCCGGAUUCGGGAUCAAUCGUCCAGUCCUACUCACGACGUCGAACCAACUGCGUUUCCCGGAGCAUCUCCCAUCGUUUCUGAUCAGGUACAUGUUCCUGCAGCUUCGGAGGAGGGCGGUGGUGGGCUCAAUGUUGUUCCUUUCACGCCAUCACCGACUGCUCAUAGCACGCAGGCGAUAGAGGAGUCUUCGUCCUCGCCGACUGCAUCUGGGGAACCUAUGACACUACUGGGUGAUACACCUUCUGCUUCUGGCGAAGCUGUGACGGCUCCGAGUGAGACACAUCCCGCAUAUGCAUCUCCAUCUGCGUCCGUGCUCGUGUCCACGUCUCCUUCGUCCUCGCCAGUUGCAUCUGGUGAAUCUGUAAAACCUUCGGGCGAAACACGAUCUGUGUCUACAUCCUCUAUGACAACCCCGAGCGAGACACAUACUGCGGCCACAUCCAUAGCUACUUCAUCCUCAUCGAGCAAAUCUAACGCAGUCAUUCCAUCUAGCUCCGGCUCCGGCUCUAGCUCCAGCUCCACACCCUACAGCGUCUUCUCUGCAAAUCUACCGGGGCCUACAGCACCAAGCUCAGUCCCCGCCAUCAAAACCAGUUCAACAACAAGAGACGCCUCCCAGGACCUUCCGAACACGUCCUCAAGCCCAACCGCUGCCACUCAAAGUGCUGCAUCCAGCAUCAACCUGGCUACAGCUUCCGUUACCGUGGGCGUGGUAGGAGACCUGCCCGACGCUGAUACAACCGACUCCCCUCCUUCUCCUACACUAGUCGACACUAUAUCUUCCUCUUCCGCUACAGCUACCUCACCGAAUGCAUCUGGCAAUCCUACCGAAAGCGAGCACAGCACACCCCCAGGACACCGCGCAGCUACCUCCGUCGCGGAGCUAGUGACACCCACAUCACCUAGCGAAACCUCAAGCAGCCAGCUCCACACCUCCCUCCCCGAGCCUGAGCAAAGCACCCCAGCAACACACGAUAGCACCUCCCCCGUGACGGUGACAGAAGCACCAGCCUCCCCAAGCGAAGCAUCGAACAGAGAACUCCACACCUCGCUCCCAGAGCCCGCAUAUACAUCCGUCGUAACCCCCGUCAUCGUCUUCGUCACCCAGGAUUCACCACCGCCAGCUACAAUGCCAACAGCUACAUCCAUACCUACCCCAGAGCCUGGGCCUGAACCGACAGAGCCCAGCACGGCCCCAGCAGAUACCCACGCAUCUCCCCCUACCGCACCCGCAAAACAAGCCCCGCAACCAGACACCAACACAAACACAAACAAGACCCCGGCACCCGCCUCUCCCACGGAGGAAGAGGUAACAGCCAUCCAUGCCACCUCGACGGUAACAAAGAGCGUGAUCGUGGUUGUCCAAGAAACUGCUUCUCCGCCGCCAUCUGCUGCUGUGACUACUGCGACGGUGACGACUCCCGUCGACCCGGGGGAUAGGGAAUCCACUGCUACGGCUACGGCUGCGCCAGUCGCCGCGGAGACCUCGCUCUGGGAUGCGGGAAUCGCGCAGCUGUCGAUUGUGCCUGUUACGCAGGGGCCGGUUACCGUGACGGCUACGGUGAUUUCGACCAUGACUAAGACGGAGCGAGAGACGAGCACGGUGACUGUGACGGAGACAGAGAGGCAGACUGUGACGACUACCCCGAGAUCUUGA